GACUGAGGUAGUAGAGGGAAAGUUGCAUGUGGCUGUCGAAGCGGGUCGACAAUUGGCCGUUCGAGGGACGACGACGCACAUGUUUAGUAUUGAGGAUGAUCAUGCAUUCUACAUUGUCGAUCUCGAGAAUCGGACUUGUAGUUGUGCUCAGUUCGACCUGGAUGACAUUCCGUGUCGUCAUGCUUGUGCCGCUAUUAGGCGUGCAGGACUGCAAGUCACGGAUUUUGUUGGAGGAUAUUUCAAACAAUCCGUGCUGUUGGCCACAUAUAUGGAGCGUAUUGUUCCCGUUCCACAUCCUACGUAUUGGAAUGUGCCCGAUGAGAUAUCAGCCUAUGUUGUGAAACCCCCGGAUAUCACGGUCCAUGCGGGACGACCGAAGUUGAGUAGGGCUCGUUCAGCAGUUGAGGGUCCUCCUAAUUCGGGUACUCCUAAUUCUCGACCUCAAGUAUGCUCACGUUGCAAGGGUGGAGGUCACAAUGCCCGGAGAUGCAAAGCGCAAGUGGGACCAUUGGACUUGAACGUGCCGGUGGAAGGUGUCGAGCAACCACCCGAUGCACGAAGGCGGCGAAAGAAGAAAUACGGCAUUUGUAGGAGUGGAACACACACUAGGAAUGCAUGUCCUCAAAAUGUUGGGUCGUGAGUGAUUUUGAAUCUUUGAUCUUCAAAAUAAUUGUUGGAA